GCAGUGUCACCUGAGAGCAACAGCAGCGCGCUGCCUCCGCCGUAGAAGAAGAUGGGCCUUUGACAAGCGAAGAAGUGCUGAAGCUAUCUUAUGCUAGCAAAGUAACGUUACCUGCGUAUAUUUGUAGCUUAACAUUUGAAGGCAUCGUUGUGUGGUUGUUUUCUUGUUCAGACCAUCACCGAAAAUGAUCCUUACUGUGAAGCCGCUUCAAGGAAAAGAAUGCAGUGUACAGGUGACUGAAGAUGAAAAGGUCUCCACGGUGAAGGAACUUGUGUCUGAACGUCUCAACAUACCAGCAAACCAGCAGCGGUUGCUCUACAAAGGGAAAGCACUUGCAGAUGAGCACAGACUGAGUGAUUACUCCAUUGGACCAGAGGCUAAAUUGAAUCUGGUGAUCCGUCCAGUGGGUGAGAGGACUGGAGCGUCCGGGAUGGUUGCCAGCAGCAGCAGCAGUGCACAGGGAAGAGUGUGGCAGACAGUGUCCACGAUCCUCGCUCGACAUUUUAGUCCAGCAGAUGCAGCAAAGGUCCACGAACAACUUAUCAAGGAUUAUGAACGUUCACUUCGACAACUUAGUCUCGACGACAUCGAGCGCUUGGCAGGAAGGCUGCUUCACCCCAAGGGAGAGGGCAUGGAUACUUCAUACAUGGACUAAGAAUGCCCAGCUAGAAGUUGCUUAUUGUGAUUGUCUUUUGACAGGUGCUCAGCGCUUGGAGGUGCAUACAGUGUUUGAUGUGUGAGGCAUGGAAAAUACAGUAUCGGUUUUCUUGCAAAGGGCCCCAGCUGUGUGCCUAAUCAGUGGCUGAGUGAACACAGAUAGCACAGACUGUUGAUUAUUGCAAAAAUAGGGCUCUCUUAUCCAUGACCAAAGGAUUUGGAUAAGAAAACUCUGCCACUUUUGAAUUGCUCUCAUCAUUGAUGUUGCAGUCAUGACACAAGACCUGAUCACAUAAUAUUUGAAUACAAAGGAAUCCAUUGAUGCUGUUGGUUUUUGCAUGAUCUCUGGCUGCUAUAGUACAACUCCCAGGGAGACACUAACCUCUGCUGGAGGGCAUUUUUUUUAGUAAUGUCUGUGGUGGGUGACGACUGCGUGUUUUCUGUUAACCAUGGCAAGGUAACAUGUUUUAUUCUGUAACUAAUUGAUAUUCAUUGUAUGAUUUGUAAAUACCAUGUUUAUAUAUAUAUACAGACAUUAAAACACAGUAAUAAAUACUAGUGUUAAUGUUU